UGGUACAUGUUUGGCAAGUUCAAUUCCCCAACCCACCAACUCUACAUAAACCAGUUGUAGCACCAAAAAAAAUUCAGAACCAAUUCUUGAAUAUUUGAGAAAUGGAGACUUCCCUUCAUUUCAUAUCCUUCGCUCAAAAGAACAACAACAACAACAACCUGAGAAAUGCAUCUUUUGGGUCCUAUGUCACACCAGAGGAGCCCAAAGCAGAUGACUCCGAGCUAAGCAUUUUCGAUGCCCAGAAAUACUUCAACGAAAGCAAUGAUCAAAAAGAGAACAACAACAACAGAGUAGUUUCUCUAGCAGAUUUCAAAAAUGCUGAGCAGCAGCAAUGCCAUCCGUCUGCGCUGCCUCGACUCUCCUCGGCUUCGUCGGUUGAUGGGUACCGGAGGAACUACCGAGCUCGCUCCUUCCAUGCCACACCCACUGCUUCAUCCGAAGCCAGCUGGAACAGCCAGACCGGUCUGUUGUCGAACCCACCUGGCUCUGUUCCAGUUUCAUUGAGAAACCUUCCUGGUCAUGAUCAUGAUCAGAGAAGAACACUAUCAUCUACUGCUUCAAAAUGGCUCAAUUUUGGGCGAAAAUGUCCCUGUGCUGGCAAGAAAUCAGUUCAAGUUGAAGAAAAUCUGUCAUCCAGAACCUCAAAUGGUGUUGACAGUUCAUGUACCAAAAGACACAGCCCAAAGUCAGUUGAUCAUCAAAUCUUGGCAGAGAAAAAAGAAUCAAUCAAGUCCCAGAAUAGCUCAAUCCCAUAUGAUCAAUGCUUGGUUAAAGGAUCAUAUGAGAGAGAAAUUCCAAAUCCUGACAGAUUUCAUUUUGCAUCAGAGAUUGCUCAGGAGAGAGUGUUGAGGCCAGGAAGAUCAUUCACUGAAGGUACAGGGGGGUUUUCGUUUCCAAUUCUGAACCCAACUUCUCCAGUGAAAUUGGUACUAAAGGGCUCAUCAGCUCCACCAAUUAGUCCUAAUUUGGAAGACCCACCUCGUGAGUCAUUGGAGGUUUUUCACCCACUAGAUGAAACCAUUCCCAACAAGUCUCAUCCCGGUGGUGCCAGAGACCGUCACAGUUUCGGGUUUCCAGUAAGCCCGACGUCCCGGGUGAGCGCUAUAGACGAUGAUGUUGCCAGCAAUGCAAGCUCAGACUUGUUCGAGAUUGAGAGCUUCUCGACUCAGACCACAGCUUACCCUAUGUAUCGCCGGCGUGAUUCGCUGGACGAAGCAUCCAAUUUCAAUGCAAGAAGGCUGGGAGGAAGUAGUAGUAGUGGUGGGUUGUAUUGCAGGAGGAGUCUGGAUGAGCCCAUGACUCCCUCCAUUGAGCCCACAGAAUGUUAUGAGCCAAGUGAGGCCAGCAUUGACUGGAGUGUGACCACAGCCGAGGGGUUCGACCGAGCAAGUGUCACUAACUUCUCCGUCAGUGCUUCUGAAUUCGAAGACAUCCCGGCUACACGGGGUGUUGUUGGUGGAACAAUCACAAUGUAUGGCAGUCGUGGCGGCGGAGAAUGUGGCAGUGGCGAUGACAGUAAGAGGAGAGGGAAUGGAGGGUUGUUGAGCUGUCGGCACGAGAAGGCGGUGAGCGUGGGGCCGCAGCCGGUGAAAUGUGGGUCAGAGGGACAUAGGAACGCCUCAAAUAUGGCCUUAAGUUCAAAAACAAGGCAUGUGAGUAGUAGGCCACACACAUUCAAUAAGCCACCACUUGCUCAUGCCGGGACUCACGCUCACUCUGCUCGCUUGUCUCUUGCUUUUGCAACAUGAGCUUGAGGGGGAGGGAAUGCAUCUACCGCCACCAGUAAAUGCAGUACAAUACUUGUGGUGUUUUGUAGCGGACCCAAAUUUGUACUUUAGAGACUAGCUUGUGUUCCAUAAUUUUCAAUCCUAUCCUACCAAAAAUACUUUAAUUAACUAGGGAAAAAAAAAAAAAAAACUUUAAUUUGGAGUGAAGUCUAUCCUACCAUGUCUAUGUUUAUGUCUUUGGAGCAAUCUUACCGACAAUCAACCACAUGAGGGGAGUGGGGCUGUCCACACCCUUCUUUAAGGUGGUUGAAUUUUUUUAGAUUUAUGAUGGAUUAUUUUAAUUUAACCAUUUAAAAUGGCCUUUUCAGUUACAAACAA